AUCGCCGGCAUAAUCCUAUUCACCGGAAUCUAGCUCUGAAGUUGUUUUCUCCCUUGGCAUCUUCAGUCGCAAAAUCUCAGCCUUCGUGAACUGCCGCAGUGUGAAUAGAGGCCGAUCCAGGGAACAUCUGGAGUUUUGAGUGGAUGUAUAAAUAGUCGGUGCAAUGGAUGCUUAUUCGCUGAAGUCCGUGCUUGACUUGCCUGAUCUAUUUCGCUCAGUUUUCAGUUUCAGGUAUUUUAACUCCUUGCAGAGUGAAUGCUUUCCUGUUUGCUACCUUUCGGACGUGAACAUGGUUAUUUCUGCACCUACCGGAAGUGGGAAAACAGUACUUUUUGAACUAUGCAUUUUGAGGCUUCUCUCAAGAUUCAUAUCCACUGAGGGUGUAUUUGUACAUGCCAAGGGGUCUCUGAAGACUAUCUAUAUUGCACCUUCCAAAGCUCUGGUGCAAGAGAAACUGAGGGAUUGGAACCAAAAGUUUGGUUCAUGGGGAAUAAUUUGCCUAGAGCUUACAGGGGAUAACGAGUACUACAACAAUAAGGAUAUUGUGGAUGCUGACAUAAUUCUUACAACUCCUGAGAAGUUUGAUGCUGUGACUCGAUAUCGCAUUAAAGAUGGAGGCCUGAGCUUUUUCAGUGACAUUGCUCUGGUACUUAUUGAUGAAGUUCAUUUGUUGAAUGAUCCUCGUGGAGCAGCUUUGGAGGCUGUAGUUAGCCGAAUCAAAAUUCUUUCUUGCAAUCCCGAAAUGAAAACCAGUCCUCUAUCCCAUGUUCGUUUUCUAGCCGUCUCGGCUACAAUCCCAAAUAUUAAUGACCUCGCGGAGUGGCUUAUGGUUCCUCAUCAAGGAAUUAAAAAGUUUGGUGAAGAAAUGAGACCAGUGAAGUUGACAACCAAAGUUUUAGGCUACACUCCUGCAAAGAAUGACUUUCUAUUUGAAAAGCGCCUUCAGAACUACAUAUUCGACAUCCUCAUGCUACAUUCAAGAGGAAAAUCUUCACUGGUCUUCUGCUCAACACGGAAAGGAGCACAAGAAACUGCACAACGGCUCACACAAACAGCAAUGACUUUUGGUCAUUCAAAUCCUUUCAUAAAAAACAGAGAGCAGCAAGACAGAUUGAGGGAAGCUUCACUGUCAUGUUCUGAUAAACAUAUGCAAUCUUAUAUUCCAUAUGGUGUUGGAUACCACAAUGGUGCACUUUCCAUGAAGGAUCGAAAUCUUAUCGAAGGCCUCUUUCUGAAUGGCGAUCUGCAAGUUCUGUGCACCACAAACACUCUUGCCCAAGGAAUAAACCUACCGGCACAUACAGUUAUAAUAAAGUCAACACAGUACUUCAACCAGGAAAAACGUCUUUACAUGGAAUAUGACCGAUCUAUGAUCAUGCAGAUGUGUGGAAGAGCAGGCCGUCCACAAUUUGACGAUGCAGGACUGGUUAUAAUAAUGACCAGAAAAGAAACCGUACAUUUAUAUGAGAACCUACUGAGUGGAUGUGAAAUGGUGGAAUCACAAUUGCUUCAGUGCAUUACUGAGCACUUAACUGCAGAGAUUGUUCAACUGACAGUAUCGGAUAUUACUAAGGCAAUCGAAUGGAUGAAAUGCUCAUAUUUGUAUGUGAGAAUGAAAAAGAACCCUGAGAAUUAUGCAAUAAAGAAACAACUAGUCAGAGAGCAUGUAGAAAGGCAUCUGCAAGAAAUAUGUGUUCAGAAGGUGAAUGAGUUAUCACGGCACCAAAUGAUCUGGACUGAUGAGGAUGGUUUCCUCUUAAAGCCUCUUGAGCCUGCAAAAUUGAUGACAAAAUAUUACUUGAAAUUUGAAACAAUGAAACACAUUAUGCGCGCACCUGCAAACUGUAGCAUAGAAGAUGCACUUCAAAUUAUUUGUCAUGCUGAGGAGAUCGCUUGGAUACAGCUCCGGCGCAACGAAAAAAAACUUUUGAAUGAUAUAAACACCGACAAAAAUAAUCGGCUUAGGUUUCACAUACUUGGGGACAAAAAGAAGAGGAAAAAGCGGAUCCAAACCAGAGAAGAGAAGAUAUUUAUUUUAGCAAAUGACUGCCUAACAGGGGAUCCUUCAGUUCACGAGUUAUCAAUGACACAGGACGUCAAUUCUAUAUGCACAAAUGGCAGCAGAAUCUCAAAGUGCAUGAAAGAAUACUUUGUAUACAAGAAAAACUACAUAGGAGCUUUAAGUUCAGCACUUCUUACCAAAUCUUUGCAUCAAAAACUGUGGGAUGACAGUCCGUUCUUGCUGAAACAAUUACCAGGCAUUGGAAUGGUUACUGCAAAGGCACUGAAUUUGAUGGGAGUGAGAUCUUUUGAGGACCUUGCUGAUGCUGAUCCAAGAAAGAUUGAGAUGGUUACUGGUCGUAAAUAUCCCUUUGGAAACCAUAUAAAAGGGGCAUUAUUAUCACUUCCUCCAAAGAUAGAGUUGAAAACAGAGGAAACUGAGAGCCAGAGGCAAGGCAAGUCUAAGGUAGUCAUAACGUUGACAAGGAUAUCUCAACCUGCACAAAUGACUAAAAGACACUAUGCUGAUCUGAUAGUUGCAAUGGAAGAAGAUAACCUGAUUCUAUUUCAUGAAAAGAUAAGAGUGGAUGACUUUCCCAGCCCAUAUAGUGCAAUGGUUAUAGUGCCCAACCCUCAGAAAGGGAAGCUGACCGUGAAAGCAGAUCUGUUAUAUGACGAACUCAUUGGUGUCGAUGUCCACCAGAAGGUAACAUUAAUGAAGGAGAUGGAUCAGGACAUUAAUAUGAAACUGAAAACAAGGCAGCUCUCCCCCUGUCAAUUGAAGGAACCAUGCAUCCUAGUCCUAGACGAUGAAUCUGAUGGUGGCUUAGAUAUGCCUAGUUUCAAGCUUAUAGAUGAAGACUCAGAGGAAGUUCUAUCCUGCAAUGAAGUUCAAACUAUUGAAGAUGAUGAAUGCAAGAUUAUCACUGAAAGAACCAUAUUUGAUCACAUACGCGAGAAGGCAAAAAACCUGCCCGAAUCAGCCGUUUUGGGUGACUCUGCCUUAGAGUCCACCUUAGCUUGUGUUAGAAAACGAACUCGCGAGAGACUGGUUGCAAUUAAUUGUCCAAUAGAAGUAUUAGACGACGAAACAAGCAAAGUUGCACGUUACAGCAUGGCCCUUCAAUCUCUCAGAUCUCAUCAACUGGGAAAGAAGUUCACGGACAAAGAUCUAAUAACUUCAGAAUGCCAUACCUUCUCCAAGGACACUAACCCUACAAAUCUCACAGGGAAACUUCACCAUGAACCCGAUUCUUCGAAAUCUGUUGCCCGGGCUGAAACAUCAGCAUUCACACACAUGCUUGGAUCACCGAUGUCGAAGGUCACUGAACCCAUGCUAAAUUUGGCCAAUCAGAAGAACUGCUUUAGCAAUUCGUUUGAUCAUAGAAAUAGUUCCACUUUUGAGGGUUUCACCGCUACAAAAAGAGAACUCGGAAACGAUAUGAUUAUUUUGGGUUCCGAGCCCGUGGAGAGAAAGCAACCUUCAGUUGCAUUGAGCACCUUGCCGGUGAAGAAUGGAAACGGUGAUCGGAGAGACUCUUCAGAAAUGAAAAGGAAGCAUGUCUUGUCUCCACGAUUAUUGGAAAGGCCUUGCUCUUCGUCGGCAGUGGUGGGAAGAAACAGGGAGGAAUGUGUGAACUCCUUCUUGGGGUUCAAAAGUGUGUUUUCGUUUCUCUAAUGGCAGUUUGCUCACUGCCUGUUUAGUCUGAUUUCAUUCAGACUGUGCUUUUGAAAUCAUUUUUAGACUUGUUUGGUUUGCAAAUCAGUAGAAAGACUUAAACUGGUUUUUGUUUGUUUUUAUUUGUUUGCUCUUUUAGACAGAAUUCUGUGCAUCACCUCGGUCAUGUUUGGUAAACAACAUAUUGAACAAAAUGCUAAUUGAAAAUGUGCAAUAUAUUGAAUAGCAUGUA